AUGGGUUCUGUAGCCCAAGGUUGUACCGAUGUGAGGCCAGAGGCCGACGACUACCGCUUCUCAGAGCGCUCCGAUGAGCGCCGACAACUCUUUCAACAACUGAAGUCCCUCAAAUCCCCCGACCGGUUACCCACGGUAUUGUGGGCGUUCCUCCAGGUCUCCGAUAUCGAGGUUCUGCGAAGGGGUUUUGGGUCCGAGAUGUUUUUAGAAAUGUUCGGAAACAAGAAACAACCUAAAGCAAGUGCAACGCCGAUCCGCUCGUCACCGAAAGUUCUCUCCAACCAACCAUCCUCGAAUUCUCCUCUCAAUGCCAGCGUACUGGCCGGAUCCAAGCGAACUCGAUCCGGACAUAUAACUGGCGGCCAGCAAUACAGUGUUAGCCGACAUGAUGGCGUUAGGCCAAACUAUAAGAGGCGGGAUGGAAACCUCUGCGCGGUCUCGAGGAUGGCGGAAAUAGACGCCGCCCAUAUUUACCCAUGGUGCGGCUUUGAAGGAGAAAAUGAGGGGCGAGUUAGUCAAUUUUGGAGUGUGAUGAGGAUGUUCUGGAAGCGCGAGGUGAUAUUUGUCGACGCCAAUCAUCCGCAUCGGGGGACGGAGACAAUCGAGAACAUGAUCUCCCUAUCGGAAACUCUGCACCGAUUUCACUCGGCUGCCCGAUUUGCACUCCGACUGAUACAACUGUCAGCCGACAAGACACGACUCGAAGUCGAGUUCCAUUGGCUUGUUGUUGAAGAGCGCAAUCGCCAUGAUAGGGUAGACAUCAUGGACGAACUUUUGUCUUCGGCCUGCCUGCUUUCAGUUGGACGGGGCUACGGCCUACUCGAUCGGAUCGAUCCUGACGACGACAAAUACCGGAAACCACUCGAAAGUGGAACCAGAUUUGUGAUGACAACCGAUGACCCCGAGAAGCGACCCCUCCCGGAUUCAGGCCUGUUGACCCUACAGUGGCACCUUCAACGUGUCCUUGCCAUGACAGGAGCGGCUAGAUGGAAGGAGGAGGAGUUCUGCGACGGCGGUGAUGACGACAAGGACGGACCAGGCGUUACAACUUGUGAUAACGUAGAAAAUUGGCUCCAGAGCAUCGAGCCUCCGGAGAAUCAUCGUCCGAGCCGAAACUCUCCUGAAAGCGAUUCGGACGACAUCACAGAUGGUUCGUUUGAAUAA